AUGAGACGUGAGUGCAUCUCCAUCCAUGUAGGACAAGCUGGGGUGCAGAUGGGUAAUGCAUGCUGGGAAUUGUAUUGCCUGGAACAUGGGAUCCAACCAGAUGGGCAAACACCCUCUGACAAGGCCCUUGGAGGACGUGAUGAUUCUUUCAAUACCUUCUUCAGUGAGACAGGAGCUGGAAAACAUGUCCCUCGAGCUGUCUUUGUGGAUCUGGAACCUACUGUUGUGGAUGAAGUACGCACUGGGACCUAUCGACAACUUUUCCAUCCAGAACAGUUGAUUUCUGGCAAGGAAGAUGCAGCCAACAACUAUGCCAGGGGACAUUAUACAAUUGGAAAGGAAAUUGUGGAUCUCGUCCUUGAUCGGGUCCGAAAGUUGGCUGACCAAUGUACAGGUCUUCAGGGUUUCCUCAUCUUCCAUUCUUUUGGUGGAGGCACUGGAUCAGGUUUCACUUCCCUCCUCAUGGAGCGUCUCUCUGUGGACUAUGGCAAGAAAUCGAAAUUGGAAUUUUCCAUCUAUCCUGCUCCCCAGGUGGCCACAGCUGUGGUGGAACCUUACAAUUCCAUCCUAACUACUCACACAACCCUGGAGCACUCUGACUGUGCAUUCAUGGUGGAUAAUGAGGCUAUCUAUGACAUCUGUCGAAGGAACCUGGAUAUUGAGAGGCCAUCUUAUACCAACCUGAAUCGUUUGAUUGCCCAAGUUGUGUCCAGCAUCACAGCAUCUCUUCGCUUUGAUGGAGCCCUAAAUGUGGAUCUCACGGAGUUCCAGACCAACUUGGUCCCAUAUCCCCGAAUCCAUUUUCCUCUAGCCACUUACGCUCCCAUCAUCUCUGCAGAAAAGGCAUACCAUGAGCAGCUGUCUGUCUCUGAAAUCACCAAUGCAUGCUUUGAACCAGCCAAUCAGAUGGUCAAAUGUGAUCCACGACAUGGGAAAUACAUGGCCUGCUGUAUGCUCUACCGAGGGGAUGUGGUCCCCAAGGAUGUGAAUGCAGCCAUAGCAGCCAUCAAGACGAAGAAGACAAUCCAGUUUGUGGAUUGGUGCCCAACAGGAUUCAAGGUGGGCAUCAACUAUCAACCACCAACUGUGGUCCCUGGUGGGGAUCUAGCUAAGGUUCAGCGGGCUGUUUGCAUGCUGAGCAACACAACUGCCAUUGCUGAGGCCUGGGCUCGACUGGAUCACAAGUUUGACCUCAUGUAUGCCAAGAGGGCUUUUGUUCAUUGGUAUGUGGGGGAGGGGAUGGAAGAAGGGGAAUUCUCAGAAGCCCGUGAAGAUCUUGCUGCUCUGGAGAAGGAUUAUGAAGAAGUUGGUGUAGAUUCCACAGAGGAAGGUGACGAGACUGUAGCAAGGUUGGACCACAUAGACUAUAUGAUUUCUGGCCCAUCUAUGGAACUGAGGAUGAAUGAACUUCAAAACUGGAGGAAGUACCCAAGUAGCAAGAGGUCAUCCCUGGGACAUCCCAUUUGGAUCCUACGUGGGACAAAAGGACAUCCCAUGGAUGUCAUAAUGAAAUUGUCCCGGGAUAUGGAAAUCCCUGGAACAUUCAGAGGACAUCCCGUCAGAAGUGACAAAGGGAAAGUAUGGGAACUAGAGAAGGAAGGUGUGAAUUACAGCCCCAGACCAGCAUGCAACAAGAAAUUGUUGCCAAAAGUAAGCCCUCAAAUGGGGAUGGAAACCCAUCCAGCCAGAUAUCAAGGGAAAAUCAACUCCAGGCUGUCCAAGGGAAAUCUGGGCCCAUUUACAGAGGAUGGAUCUUUCAUCGGUCAGUAUGGUACGAAGAAGAAGAUGGAGAAACAGAGAGGGAAUGAUGAGGGUGAACCACCUCCACCCCCACCUCCUCUACCCACAGCCCCACCACCCUUCCCUCUUCACGGUUCUCUCGUCUAACUCUCAACUGAAUCAAAAGUUCAUGGAUUUCUACCAAAUGAAAAAUGGAAUCUGUUUGAUUUGAGAUGCAUUUGCUCGAGUCUCUGAAACCUUUUGCCAGAACUGAUGUCACAAGAAUAUAUCGGUGUGAUCUGUGUGCUCUUGAAAAUCUCUGGCACAAAUGCUCGACAUUAUGCUUCUCAUUCUACUGUAGAUCUGCUCUGCUUAUUUCCCUGCCCCACUGCAUUCCAGUCCAGUGACCUAUCAAUGAGAGACCGCAUCUAGUCCCUCUCAAGAAUCUGAGAUCUGACAUUGCCUUAUAGACUCUUUGAUAUCCAGUGAGCUCUUGUAAAUCUCAACUCCUUAAUUAUGAUGCAAUCUCAUAACCUAUUGUUAUGUUAUGUUAUGUUGUGUUCAAGAUAUCACUAUCAAUGGUGUAGUGCAUUUAGUAGAUGACUUUUGGGACGAUCUCAUUUCAUGCCUAGCUUUCUCCUCUAUGUUGUUACCCCUUUGUAUCGGCGUUCAUCGACCAUGACGAGAAGAUCGUUUUACACCUUCCACCACUCCGUGUGUUCACGGGCUGCUGAAUUCUUCCAGCUUUCAAAGUUUCAAUUGAUUAUAUGUAUAUGGAUAUUGCUUUGAUGGGGUUUACAAACUCUACACCUUUUGGAACGGAUGUAACCAAUAAAGACGACUUUUUUCUUGCUA